UCGGUAUCCUUACCGCAUUCAUUUAUAUCUUGAAACUCAAUAGGUGGCGCUUUUUAAAAGUAAAUAUACCCGUAAAGUUGAAUUCAUAUUGAGUGUAGACUGUCGGAAUGAGUCUUAUUGAGGAUAGAGCGGCAGCAAAGGAACUUGAUCUGUGGAUUGAACAAUUGAACGACUGCAAACAACUCUCGGAAAAUCAAGUUAAAACAUUAUGUGAAAAGGCAAAAGAAAUACUUUCAAAGGAGUCCAAUGUCCAAGAGGUAAAAUGUCCCGUCACAGUUUGUGGAGAUGUUCACGGACAGUUUCACGAUUUGAUGGAAUUGUUCAAAAUUGGAGGGAAGUCUCCUGACACAAAUUACCUGUUUAUGGGAGAUUAUGUGGAUAGAGGAUAUUAUUCAGUAGAAACUGUUUCACUUUUAGUUGCUUUAAAAGUUAGGUUUAAAGAUAGAAUAACAAUCCUAAGAGGAAACCAUGAAAGUCGUCAAAUCACACAAGUCUAUGGUUUUUAUGAUGAAUGCUUGAGAAAAUAUGGCAAUGCAAAUGUAUGGAAAUAUUUCACAGAUCUAUUUGACUACUUACCCCUUACAGCUCUUGUUGAUGGCCAGAUAUUUUGUUUACACGGUGGUUUAUCCCCAUCUAUAGACACACUAGAUCAUAUUAGAGCAUUGGACAGAAUACAAGAAGUUCCUCAUGAGGGUCCUAUGUGUGAUCUGCUGUGGUCUGACCCUGAUGAUCGAGGUGGCUGGGGAAUCUCUCCUAGAGGUGCUGGCUACACAUUCGGUCAGGAUAUAUCAGAAACAUUCAAUCAUAGCAAUGCUCUCACUCUAGUUUCAAGGGCCCAUCAACUGGUCAUGGAAGGUUACAAUUGGUGCCAUGACAGAAAUGUAGUGACCAUAUUCAGUGCGCCAAACUACUGCUACAGAUGUGGAAAUCAAGCUGCUAUAAUGGAAUUAGAUGAUGCCCUUAAAUAUUCAUUUUUGCAGUUCGAUCCAGCACCAAGAAGAGGCGAGCCCCAUGUAACAAGACGUACCCCUGACUACUUCUUAUAAUGUUUUUAAAAUUCAAAUGUGACUGUAUAGUAGUAUUAUGAUGUGUAUAAUAGCACACUGGUGCAUUUCUGUGACCCAAAGAUGUGGAAAAAUAUCUACCUGAUGUUGUACAGUUAUCAUUGUCAACAUUUCUAUUGUUUUAAUUUGAGAAUUAAUUGUAUAAAAGAAAUUAACACUUAUAUUUAUAUGUUAUGCCAAGAUUCAGCUCUGCUAGCUUACAGUGAAAAUUAAUUUUCCAUUUAUACUUCCUGCAGUUUUGCUGACUAGAACUUUGUGCAAUGCUAGGGGUUUGAUUUUGUUGUCAUUUUUUUUUGCGCAAGAUAUUUUGGUGUAGUUGCAGUCCAUCUAAAUGAUUCCACACUGAAUAAAAUUGAUCAAACUACACAUGUAUAUUUCUCAACAUUGAUUUGUACAUCCCUUAGAAAGGACAUACAUGUUACAAACAGUAUCUGUGAUACACUAUAAUGUAAUUUAAUAUUAGGUAAAGGCAGUGAGAUUUUUUUCAAGAAGUAGCUAUUUUCUUUCAUCUUUUUCCAUGUUACUUAGCUUUUAGAACAGAAAACCUUGUAACUGUCUAUAUAGAAAUAUAUAAGUUUGUGCAAGUCAAAAUUUUGGUAAUAUUUAUAUAAUUUAUAAUUUAAAAAAUUCAGUAAAGCGUAUUUUGCAUGUUUAAAUCGUAAAUGAACUAGUUGUCUCAGUGGUUAGGUUUGUGACUUGUUUUUUGUAAUUUCUUCUAUGGAAGUUUGCAUGAUCUGUUUGUUGUUUACUGGGAACAGGGAUGGGUGGGAUGGACUACAUGGAAGACAUGUCAUCAUUUUCAUUGCUUAUAUAGACGGCAUGGAAACAAAUUCCAUACAAAUUUAUCAAUGCACAAGACUCACAAAAUGUUAAUUUGUAAAGAUACAAAGCUGUCAGAAAAUAAAAUAUGAAAUUUA